GGAAAUAUUUCAUUACGUCAUCAUAACUGAGAUCUCCACCAUUUUGUAGACAUAUCGUCUCUACUGUUUAUAUAUUCAUAGUUGACUGCGGCAUGUGAAUGCUGGCUGUAGAUUCAUUUAUGCCCGAAAUAUCAUUUAUGGGAGAGGUAAAGGUUGAUGUCCCUGAAGUCAAUAUGGGCAAACCUAAACUAUCCGAGUCAAUGCUAUGUGAAAGCUGCAAGAACAACCUGGAUACAGAAUCAGUACCUUGCACAUGCCCAAGAAGCCCUGAUGAGUUAAAACAUAGCACAUCCAUACGCGAAAACAAGGAAAACCAGAAACAAGAAAUGUGUCCCAUCAGAAUGGCCGAAUGUGGACAUGCAAAGGCUGAUGAUUCAGAGAACAUAGAAACAGAGCAACUACAAAAAGCUGAAUCGAACCUAAAAGCUGAACUACAAUGUUCUGACACACAAGAGAGUAUAUUACCAAUACAAUCAUCGGAACGAGAUCAACCAAAAGAACAAGUUGUUGACGUGAAACUUUUACAAACUGGAUACAAUAAGUUGGCAGACGAAAACAGAGAACUCAAAGAGAGGCUUGAAAAACUAGAAAAACUAGAAAAAGAAAAGAAAAGUUCUGAAGACGAAGGAAGCAAAGUUCUACAGACAAUUCCUUUAAUUGAGCAGCAAGGCAAAAUGUUAGAAGAGGAUUAUUCCAAAAUACGGAAUAAUAUAGAAUUCUUGAUGGAGGAAUUAGAUCCGGAUGUGUUAAUAACUGCCUUGUUUUCAAAAUGUGUUCUCACGGAGGAUGAUGUUGAGGAACUAGAUAAGAUCGCUGAAUCUAGCAAACAAAGAUGUGUUAGACAAAUGUUAAUGAGGUUAUUGAGGCGUGGACAAGACGCGUAUAAGAAGUUUUUAAAAUGUCUUGAACUAAAAGGUUAUUGGCAAGCUAUAAAACGGCUUGAACCAGACUCUGUAAGAUACAAGAGCCAUAUUAAAUAUCCCGGAGAGACGUUAAUCGAAUUAAUAGAUUCUUCCAAUCCACAUCGUAAAGAAUUUAUUAAUGAAGUAGAAGACAACAUAGAAGGUUUAUACCCAGAAUCUACAGAGUUUGUCAUCGUAAUAAAACUAGCCAAGGGAUGUGUGCAGGUGACUUUCAGUCUGAUAUCUUUGAAUUCCAACAAGAGUGAAAGUGAACUUCGUCAGAUUUUAGAAACGGCCGUGAAAUCUGGUUAUAUUGGAAGGAAAAAAGUAUCAACAGAGGGAUUUAUAUUUGAAAAGGUCGAAGAAGGUGAUGAACCUACUAGCAUGCCGGAACAACAUAAUAUUCAAAAUCAAUUUACGAACCUAAAGCGGAAGUUGAAAGAUACGGAAGAGGAUAAUUCUAACUUGAGAAAAAAAGUGAGCGAAUUAGUAGAUGAAUGCAAAAAGGCAAAAACACGCCAAGAAGAGGUCGAAAGCGGUGAUGAACCUAUUAGCACGAUGGAACAACAGGGUAGUGAAAAUCAAUUCACGAACCUAAAGCGGAAGUUGAAAGAUACGGAAGAGGAUAAUUCUAACUUAAGGAAACAAGUCAAGGAAUUAGAAAAUGAAUGUAAGAAGUUACAAACACACCACCUAGAAGAAGUUGAAAGCGGGUUACCGUAUGUUGAACCCACGGCCAUUAAAGACGAGUUUCCACUGCACCAUGCUGCUUUAUACGCAACUGAUAUAGAGGAGUUUAAAUCUGUUUUGGAAAAACAGGCCAGUAAGAUACGUCAGCUUGAUAAAGAUGGAGACACGCCAUUAGAUAAGGCUUGUCUAUCACAAUAUUGUCCGAUAGAAAAAGUCAAAUUGAUUGUCUAUAAGGGUUAUACAGAUGCUGAAACACUGGUUGCAAUAUGUCGUGCUGCACCUAAAAGUUUAUUAAGACUUAUUUUUUGUAUACCCAUGAAAGAUAAAUUGGACGAAUCGGUCAUUCGUGCCAUGACAGAGUUGAGAAAGCAACUAAUGGAUGGCGAUGAUAUCGAUGCCAGAACCCAUUCUGAUAAAACGUUAUUACAUUUUGCAAGCGAAUACUGUGAUAUUGAAGCUAUGUCGUUUUUGAUAGAACAUGAUUCUGACGUCAGAAGCAUAGAUACUGAUGGUGCUUCACCAAUGUUCUAUAGCUGUAAAUCUGAUAACGACCCAGUUCAGAAAAUAAACCUUCUCGAAGCACAUGGUGCUAUAAUUGAAUCUAAACCAAUAUUUAAUAAAACAUUAUUGCACACUGCUUGCGAGUUCAGCACAUUAACGGCUGUAGUGUUUUUAAUAGAACAGGAGGGACUUGACGUUAAUGGUCAGGAUUCUUAUGGUAAAUCUCCCUUAUACUAUUCAUGUAAAUCUGAUAAGCAGCCUAUUGAAAAAAUCGACUUUCUAAAAUCCAAGGGAGCCUCUCUCAAAUGUAGUACUAUAGAUAACUACACGUUGCUACAUGCUGCUUGUGAUUACAACACAGCUGAGGUAGUGGAACAUCUAAUUGAGUUAGGGCUGGAUGUUGAGAGUGAAGAUAUUUAUCGGUAUACGCCUCUCCACUGCUGCUGUAGAUCCCCAAUAGAUCCAAUAGACAAAAUUAAGAAACUUGCCGACCAUGGCGCCAGGUUUCUUAUAAAAUUCAGACGAGAAUAUAUUGGAAUUGCUAGUAAAUUUGAUCUGACCGACACUGUGGACUUUUUAAAGAGAUCGUUGCCCGAAAACGUUGUACCGGAGGCGGCUAAUGAAGGGGAAAAUGCGAUGGACGUCCCCGUUCCAGCAGAACAAAUUGCUAGUUGAGCCUACUUAGUUGAAUAUAACCACACUUGUUGCCUGUGUGAUACCUUCAUUUACUAUUACUCAAAUUAUGUAAUACAUGUAUUGUCUAUAUAUGGUAUUACAUGUAAUUCCACAUACUGCACGCAGCGACCCAUCUACGUCAUACUUCCCAGAAUGUGACACUGCACUGAUUAUCCGCCAUUUAAAACGCUCAUGUGAUCAUUUUGGGGCGGGACUUAUCGACUCGAGACCGCUUUGUUUAUGACACUCGCGUAAAAGCGAUAUAUAAUAUGUGCUAUGGAUAAUAUUGCAAUAAAUUCUUUACCAUUGUAAACUGUCUUUAGAGUUUCAAUCUGUUUAUCUUUCAAAACAAGGUUAGAUACUCCUAAAUUUGUUUUCGCAAAUAAAACCGCCUCUGUGAAAUUAUGUUUCAUGGGCGCUGCCAUAUUGAAUAAUUAGAGGACUAUUUUGUGAUUCGGCUUUGAUUAGUUUGACAUUUUUCAUACACACAGCGGCUAAAUAAACAUAUUUAAUUUCAUUCAAUAUGACAAUAGAAGAGAAAUAAAUACUUUUAAAAAUUUCUAAAAGCAUACUCAGUGUUUUCGACUAAAAUCGUCGAUGUAGGAAUUUAAAUGUCGGUUAAUAAGCUUAGGGCCUAUUCUCAGCCGGAGCUAGCUGUAGAUAGGCAGCCUAAGUUUGGGAUGGUAAUUCCAUAGAUUGUUACUGUUACCUAAUAAGGCACCGUCAUAACUAUUGGGUUAAAACUAUGUACUACUUCUACUUUUACUUUGCACAUUGUUACUAUUACCUUAUAAGGGGCUUCCCUAUUUAUAUAUUAAAUAAUGAAUUACUUUUACUUUACAUAUUGUUACUAUUACCUUAUAAGGGGCUAUCCUAAUUAUAUAUUAAAUAAUGAACAAAAUGAACUACGUUUACUUUGUAUAUUUUUACUAUUACCUAUGUUUACUCUGCAGAUAAUUACUAUUAUCUUAUAAUGGGCUGUCAUAACUAUAUUAAGUUAAAACUAGGGAACUAUGUUUACUUUGUAUAUUUUUACUAUUACCUUAUAAGGGGCUACCAUAACUAUAUUAAGUUAAAAUCAGGGAACUAUGUUUACUCUGAAGAUAGUUACUAUUACCCCAUAAGGUAUUACCAUAAAUAUAUAUUAAGUUAAAAUAGUUAUUAUUACCUUAUAAGGGACUACCAUGACUACGUAAGUUAAAACUAGAAUACUACUUUUAUUUUACCGAUUGCUAUUAUUAUCGUUUCCAAAUAAUUAGAGAAUUAAGUAUUUAAUCCCAAAAUGUCCUCAUACUUUAUGUCUGUCGUCGACGAUUGCAAACUUUACUGAAGAUAUACAGGUGCGUUAAAUCUAAAUGCUAAAUCUGCCUACUGCAGUAAUUUCGUAUGGCCCCAGAUGCUAUAUAAAUCAUUAGUUUGAGAAUUAAUACACGAGGCUAUAAUCGGGUGGUUUUCAGCUUCAACGGAUUGAAAAUUAGUUUAUUACCGUGACACUUGUAGCAGUGACAAUCGAGAUUACGCCCAAGAAUGAAGUAAUUUGACAGAAAUUCGUAUCAUAUUCCCUUUUCAUUUUCUAUAUUUAAACUAUAUAGUAUCAUAUUCAUUGAAAUCUGACUUUAGUUAUUAUUCAGUUGUUUCUCCCUAAUGAUUAAUGAGCUGUUACUUUUGUUUGUAUAGUGAGAAUUUUCAGCUCGUCAUCGUCAUCGUACAUAAAGUAUAUUAAACUAGUUUUCGCUAUUGAUUAAUGCCCUGUUACUUUUGUUUGUAUAGAGCGAAUCGUCAGUUCUUCAUCGACAUCUGUUUGCAUAGCGAGAAUUGUCAGCUCUUCAUCGACAUCUUACAUAAAGUAUCUUUAAGCAGUUUCCCCCUAGUUGAUUAAUGCCCUGUUACUUGUGUUUGUAUAUAAACCUCCUGUUGUUUUUUUUUUGUUUUGUUUUUUUUUUCAUUAUAAUUUGCUUGAUAACGUUGAUGGGAUUCUCAAAGAAAUUAUCAACGAAACGUUGCUUUACUUAACAUAGUAAUUGUGUUCCAUAUUAUGUUUUUUUUUGUGUUUACAUCAUAUUAUGUUUUUUUUUGUGUUUACAUCAUUUGUCAUCUAAAUACUGCUCAAAGAAGGUAUGUCCAAGUUCAAGUCUCACGCUCUGUCUUGACUUACUCUCCAUUUUGAAUACACUGGUUGGAGUUAAAUAGUCAUUAUGCAAGAGCUAAAUCUGUCUUUGGGCCUGAAAUGUUAUAUAAAUUAUUAAUUAGACAUUUAUUAACAAAAUAAGAUCAUAAUCAACCCUCGAUGGCAUCGCUUACUCGAGAUUUUAACUAGAUUAGAACGGUUCUCCAUUUAAAAAUUUAAUUUAAAAAUUGGAAAGCGAGGCUAGUCUCGAAUAUAACAGAAGCCUGGUUACCACUAUGCACAUUAUUUUUUGUCCAAACUACAAACAGUGAUGAUUUGGCUCAGAAUGAAGUAAUUUGACUGAAAUUUUCAAUAUUUUCUUUUUUUAUCAUCUAUUUUUGAAUUAUUAUAGCAAGUAUGACCAACUCUUUAUUAAACUAAUGUAUCUUUAAGUAUUGGUAAUUUGAAAUACAUAAUUUGUUUGAAAUUGAAUCAUAAUAUUAUAGAUACUUUAUAGGAAAUAAUUUAACAUCUUUAAAUUCUUUCGUUUUUAUAUAUUAUGUAAAAAUAUACUAUUUUUAUGAAUUUGUCAAUAAUAUGAUAAUAUUGAUCAUUAUAUUAAUUUGAGUCAUUACAUGUGUUAUAAUAAGUUUAUUUUUUUGUAAAUCGAAGUUUGAUCGUAAAAUAAAUUAUAGUAUCACCCAC